AUAAUAUAUUAAUAUCAUAAUAUGUGACUUUUGGAAAUAAAACGUGUAAUUUCAGUAAAAUAUAUAUGAUAAGCCCAAAAUCCCGAUUAAUGAAGGUUGAAGUAAGGUUCUAAUACUACUCAAUAGGACUAUUGUUUACAGUUUCUAAUUCCAAAUUAUAUACAAUCAAAUUAAAAUUUUAUUUUAUUUGUUGGUUAUUAACUUACUAGCUAACACAUUUGUUUCUUUUGUAAACAACUUUCGUUUAUUUAUGAAAUUUAAUUUAUUUGAUUUAUUAUUACUUUUAUGCUUGUCUCACUGAUUCAGUACUCUCCCCACCACUCUCUGACACAUUUUAUCUCUACAAAUUGUGUAAAUUUGAUGUCUGAUAGUGCAAGCAAAGCAAUCACCCAUAGCCUUUAAUUCUCUUCAUUUCUCCCCUUCUUUGGAUACUAUUUGUAUUUGCAGUUAGGUUAUACUAUAUCUUAUUAUGGUGUAAAAAUACUGUACUUAUGAUAAACAUAUAUUUUAAGAAACCAUAUGCAUUUGAAAAUUCGAUUGAACUAUAUUUUAUUUGUGUAAUUAAUACAAAAUACUACUAACAAAACUGACAAAAAUAAUGUUGUUGUGUAUGUAGAAAAGAGAGUGAAAUAUUGAAAAUAUCUAGUUUGGCUUUCUCUCUCUUGCUUUGUUAGUCUUUAGGCUUCCACUACUAAUACCCUAAGCCCUCUCUUAGUUUAAGACAUUGUCUUCACAUCCAAAACUCAAAUGCAAAUCUUUCUCUCCUUUCUUCCUUCAAAGUAUUUCAUUACAAAACCCUAGAUAUCUAAUAUUAUCUUGCCUCUCUUAAUGGUUUAUAUUUGGCUGAUGCUGCCUCUCUUCAACCAAGUUCUGAACUUUUGAAGCAUAUUAAGAUCAAAGUAUACUGCUUUUAGUUUACUGGCCUCUUUGUCCCCAAACCAAGAAACAGUUUGCAACAAGAAGUUUUUUUGUAGAAGAUUCAAUAAAAAUGGAAAUUGCAAGUCAAGAAGACCAUGAUAUGCCCAUCCCACUAAACACUGCAUUUGUUGGUGGUGGUGGUGGUCAUGGUCACAUGAUCCAUCAUCAUAAUGACCAUCAUGCUGCUAAUUCUGCUCCUCCAACUCACAACAACAACAACAUUACUACUCAACCACCACAGAUGCCGUUACAUGGAAAUGGUCAUGGCAACAAUCAUGAUCAUCGCCAACAUCAAGAUCCUCAUCAUGUGAGUUACAACGCCAUCAUCAAGAAGCCUAUUAUAACGUACAAGGAAUGUCUCAAGAACCAUGCAGCAGCAAUGGGAGGAAACGCUACUGAUGGGUGUGGAGAGUUUAUGCCUAGUGGCGAAGAUGGCUCCAUUGAAGCUCUCACUUGCUCGGCUUGCAACUGCCACAGAAACUUCCAUAGAAAAGAAGUCGAAGGUGAAACCGCCGCCACCGCUAUUUCCUCUUUCCACCAGCCGCCUCCACCGCGUAAACUCAUGCUCAACCACCAUAAUAUCAGAUCAGCCAUGCCACACAAAAUGAUCAUGCCGGUGGGAGUUUCUAACUACCGUUAUAUGCAUCACUCGGAGUCUGAUGACUUCAUGGAGGAAGACGGGGUAACCACCGCGUCUAGACCCCCACCGUAUAACCAGAAGAAGAGAUUUAGGACCAAGUUCACGCCGGAACAGAAAGAGAAGAUGCUGAGUUUUGCCGAGAAAGUUGGGUGGAAGUUACAAAGGCAAGAAGAUUCCGUUGUUCAGAGAUUCUGUGAAGAGAUUGGAGUGAAGAGAAGAGUCCUUAAGGUUUGGAUGCACAACAAUAAGCUCCACUUCUCCAAGAAGGACAGUAGCAACAGCAUUAAUCUGGAAGACAACGACAACGAAAAGAUCAACAACGUUAACAAUGUUGAUCUGUCUGGUAAUAUCGACAUGACUAAGAUCGUCCCAUGAAUUAAUAUUAAUUACGUCAUUUUAUGAUUUUAUUAUGACUAUGAUUAGUCGUCUUUAAGUUAGCUAUUAGGGUUUUAAUGUUAUGUUCUAGCUGGUGUGGUUAUAUUUAUAUAUAAACUUGUAUUUGCUAUCUGAUUAGGGAUAUGGAUCGGGUAAUAAUAUGUCCUUUCUUUUCUGGUCUAUGUAGUAUCUUUCCUUUUCCUUUUGGAAGCUAUAUAUAUAUUGAACUUCUCGCAAUAAAUAUAUGACCACUCCGAGUCUUAUUUAUU